AUGGUCUGGGAAUAUACAUGGCCCACAACUCAGGUCAUCGAAGCCGCAUCCUGGGAGACGUUUGACGACGACGAAUAUGAAGAAUCCACUAUCCUGCGUCCAGUUGGUACUCUGAAUACACUCCUGGGGGCAGAUUUUAGCUGCAGACACUUGGAAAUUCGUUCUCCCGUGGAGCAUUGCCUGCCCCCUAUUGCCCUCUGGAUAUGUCAUGAAUCCCGCGUUCAUACGCUAAAACAAUAUACCUUAAUCCAACAUCCGGAUCUUUCAGAAUGUUCCUUCUACUUUAGUCCUCGUCGAGAUCUUCUGUGGCUAAGUUGCGAUAUCACGAGUGAAACCGAGCGCCUAGACGAACUACAAGCAUCGUAUGGGGCUUCGCUUGACAACUUUCGGGCUCUCCUUGCUGAGGAUACGGAAUGGGAAUUUUGGGACCAAGACCAAUCUUCUUCGCCUCUCCUGUCGAUCUUGCCUGCGCUCCAAACCAUUGUGCUAGUAGCGGAUGAUUUUGAUGAUGACGGCACCCCAAAUACAUAUAGCUCUGAGGAGUAUCGUAAGCUUGCUGCUGACUAUCGAAACGAAUAUUCUAAGUUUUGCGAAUCUCUACGGCUUAAUAAGCCAUUUCAACUUGAGUAUAUUGACCGUGGUGGUAAUUCAUACUAA